AUGCCCAAAUAUACAGCGAGAAAAGGAACUCAUCAAACGAAAGAGGUCAUGGAAAUGGGGACUUGUUUUGAUGACGUCACUGUGCAUAGGUUGUUGGUGCAUUGUGGCAUUCGCAGCCACAUACUUCUGCUAAACACCUUCACCGUUUUUACACGAUGUUAUGUGAUUAUUGGUUGUUGUGUAGCCUUUGAUACAGGAUUAAGUGUAAUCUAUGGUAAUCAAUGGUCUAUGUCAUUAAGCCGACCAGUAUGGGCUGUAGCUCUUGGCUGGAUGAUAAUAGUAUGUGUAACAGGAUACGGAGAUUCCUUAGAUAUUUCCGUACACAUUGAUUUUAUUGUUAUUCUACUACAAAGUAUUGCCCAGAGAAAAUAUGGUUUAGACAAGUAUAAGUACACGGCGUCUAUAAAGGUGGACUUUGAAGUAUUUGACCUUGGUGGAGGAACUUGCUUGCACGACUACUUGGAAAUAAGACACGGUACUUCUGAAUCAAGUGAUUUAUUUGGUGUUUACUGUGGUGGUAUCGGUAGGCAACCACCCCCAGUUAUUUUGACUGGUGAGACAGAUGGACUUUACAUGGAAUUCAAGUCAUCUGAUGAGCUGACAACACGUAACAGGGGAUUUAAGGCUUUAUACAAAAUGUCGGAAUAUAUACCCAUAUCUGGUGUAACUGUAUAUCCCACGCCGAUCACAGGCCAAUGUGGCGGAGUAUACAAUUUACCAGAAACACGCUUCGAUGGAUUCGGUUCUCCUUAUCAUCCGGGUCUCUACCCACCAAAGUCGAAUUGCAUAUAUUAUAUUCAAGCUCCUGAAGACCACAAUAUUGAGCUGGUAUUCACUGCGUUUGAGCUCGAAGCAGACAGUGACUGUAAGUCCGAUUCCGUGGUUAUCGAAGACGAUGAAGACGGUAUAUUUGCAUUACGAUUGGUCGGUAUAUACUGUGGGAGUUUCAACAAUGGCACUGGCUACCCACCACCAACACUAGUACGCACUACUUCCAGCAACUGGGCCAAAGUUACAUUCACGUCGAAUAAUUUGGAUCAAUUCACUGGUUUCUACGCACAAUUUUGGGAAGUCAACGAAUCAAAGGAGAUAGAGCAGACGACAAUAUCGAUUUGUAAUGAUAUUCGUAGAAUUGUUACUGACAGAGGUGGGUUAAUUGUGUCACAUUCUGGUUAUGAUGACGAUGAAAAUUACCCAAAUGAAGACAACUUAUGUGUAAUGAGAAUACAGAGUGACCCACAACUCAAUGAAAUGAUUCACAUUGACAUCGAGUCACUUGACCUCAGACCGUCGUUGUCCGACGACUGUGACCCAGAAUACGAUGAUUCGCUUGUCAUCUAUGAUCCAGUAACCGGGCUAACUUAUGCAACACUAUGUUCGGGUAGCAGUGGUAAUUUCCAGUCGUCUGAUGGCGCAUUAGAUAUUUAUUUUUACACGCAUUUCCACGAAGAUGGAGGGAAUUAUGAAGGUUUCAAAAUAGUGUACGCUGCUUACGCCAGGACAAUAGAAUUCUGCGGUAUAAACGACUUUAAUUGUAAACGAGACGAAUGGUGCAUUGCUGCAUAUUUAGAAUGCGAUGAAUAUGAACAUUGUCGUGAUGGCAGCGAUGAGUGGAACUGUAAAG